AUGGGUCGAAAUAUUCGACCCGGGCCAAGUCGCCCAAAAGCAUGGUGGCUCUCUAUCAGCAUCUUCAUGAUCGCAUUACUCACUUUCGGGACCAUAAUCACUUAUUCCAACAGAUGGCCCGAGUCACCCAUAAGGCAUCUCUUUGACGACGCGCCUAGCCCCUCACAUUCUUCUGGUAAAGGCUGCUCAUUAAACCAUGGACCUGCCCCAACUGGAUCCAGCUACGCGUCUGGCUUUGAUAUGACCAAAAGUUGGGCCCAACUCACACCUUACAAAGAUGCCGACUGGGGCGUUCCCAAGGGUGUCCCGCAUGGGGGAAAGUGCGAGCUAUCUCAGGUUCAUAUUUUACAUCGCCAUGCGCAGCGAUACCCCACAAUCUCACCUCUUGACUCUCCGAAUGUUCAAUCAUUUAUUGCCAAGCUUAAUGAGAGCAGCGGAGCGACCGGUCCACUUGAGUUUCUCAAUACCUGGGAGUAUGUCCUCGGCAUGGAUGAACUGAUGAGGACGGGUGCUUCUACUGAAGCUGCCUCUGGCGCCAACUUUUGGCUCCAGUAUGGAAGGCUCUUGUACCGUGCAACGCCUGAAAAUGUGGUCGCUUGGGAUCCAGCUUUGAAUGUUUAUCCCAACGGCACGACUCGCCCGAAACCUGUCUAUCGCACUACGGGUCAAUCCCGUAUUCUGGAAAGCGCGCGAUGGUGGCUAAGUGGCUUUUUUGGUGACCGAGGUGCUCAUGCCUCAUAUGAUCAAUAUGAUUUGGUGAUUCUGCCUGAGGAGAUUUUAUUCAACAAUACCCUAGCGUCCUACUAUUCAUGUCCAGGCUCACCAGGAGACCAGACUGCCGGUGAUGAGGCUGCCCGGGUCUUUAUCUCUCGCUAUCUCAAGGAAGCCCGCUCUCGCUUAGCUCCAUAUCUUCCAUCGGAUUUCAACUUGACUACCCUUGAUGUUCUCGCCAUGCAAACCAUCUGCGCUUAUGAGUACACUAGCUUGGCUGGCUCCAGCUUCUGUGGUCUUUUCACUGAGGACGAGUGGAAAGGCUUCGCGUACAAUCUCGACCUCCAAUACUACGGGAACUACGGUUUCCCUUCCCCUGUGGGCCGUGCUCAGGGUAUCGGUUACGUGCUAGAGCUCGCUGCCCGCUUGGAGCAAGAGCUAAUCACAUCGAGUGAUACAAGCGUUAACUACACAUACGACAAUAACAUCGCUCAAUUCCCACUAGGCCAGCCUUUCUACAUGGACAUGUCCCAUGACUCUAUCAUUAUUUCUGUGAUGGCUGCGUUGAAUUUGGACUACUUCAAGUAUCCAAGCUCUACAGGAAUGCCCGGCAAUGUUGACCACCCUCAGAACAGGACAUUCGAAAUUAGCAAUGUUACUCCCUUUGGUGCUCGCUUGAUUACUGAGCUCUGGACUUGCCCGGACGAUGUCACCUUUGACUCUCUGGAUCCUGUUCUUUACACAAAUCCAAACUUGGAAUCUACCGAGAAUACCACAAAGUACAUCCGCUUCAUGUUGAAUGGUGCACCGCUACCCAUGACUGGGGUUCUUGGUUGCGAGAAUGCUACCAACGGAUUCUGCCCACUCGAGAAGUUCUUGAGUGGUGUUCCUGAACUGAAAGAAAAAGCAAACUACCAGGAUGCCUGUUAUUCCUACUGGCGUAAUCAUACAUAUGGCGGGGGUGGUGGCCUUGAAAUUCCUGUUGAUGCUUUCACUCUAAGGUAG